UGUUCAGCAUUGUUGAUUCGAAUAUUGAAUGGUUAUGCGCAUUAUAGAUACUACUUUGUUAUUUGAGUCAUACUGCUAUGACAGCUUAUCGAAUAUAGAGUAUUUUUAUAUAUAUACAUGUAGUAUAUUUAUAUUUGCGAAGUUACUGACAGAAGCAAAGUUUGCGAAGAAAUAUUAUCCAAAUGAAAUUUAACGAAAAAGAACUCGCAGAAUUAAGUAGUGGCGCCGCUGAUUUAGAAGGGCGUCUGAAUCAUAAACGGGCACACAAGUCAGGAUCCAAAGAGAGAUGGUUUAAAUUAAAGUACAAUCUAUUAUUUUAUUUUAAUAUUAACGAAAUAGGCCAAAUUGACACUCGACAACCAGCUGGCGUAAUUGUUUUGGAAAAUUAUAAUAUUAAUCUUGACAUGUUUGAAGGAGCAUUUGCGUUUAGUAUAUCUUUUCGAGAUGAACAUGAUAAAAGACAUAUUCUGAGUGGUCGCUCUGAAGAUCAAGUAGAACAAUGGGUUGCAGCACUUAAACAAGCUAGUUAUGAAUAUUGGAGAUCUCAGUUAAUUGUACUUCAAGAAACAUUAUGUAGAAAAACAGGAAAAGAUCCAUUAUUGAUGCAGCUUAGAAAUCAGGGUAUCAUUAGAGAUGAAGCUUGGGAACCUGCAUCAAGUUUUCGAUCACAUGUACAAUCUUUUACAACAUCAGUUGUAUAUACGUUGGCUAGACUAAAUCCAGUACAAAAAGAAAUGAAUUUAAUCGAAUUUUAAUUAUACGUAUAACAAUCAUUUUUUAGGCUGAACUUUGAUAAGUAAAUUAAUUGGUAGUAUUGUCGAUAAUAGAUAGUUAAUUAUAUUUUAAAAUCAUCAGAA